AUGAUGGAAGGAAGAUUAUCAGGUGUGAGGAAAGGAGCAUGGAGUCAAACUGAAGAUGAGCUUCUCAGAGAAUGCGUGCAACUCUAUGGCGAAGGAAAGUGGCAUCUUGUUCCUCAAAGAGCAGGGUUGAACAGAUGCAGGAAGAGUUGUAGACUGAGAUGGUUGAACUAUUUGAAACCAAAUAUCAAGAGAGGGGAUUUCGGUGAAGACGAGGUCGAUUUGAUGAUCAGAUUGCAUAAGCUAUUGGGGAACAGAUGGUCUCUGAUUGCAGGAAGACUUCCGGGAAGAACUUCAAACGAUGUGAAGAAUUACUGGAACACCAACGUGCGUCGCAAAGUACAAUCUCACAACAGAGAUGAGGAGAACAACAACAACAACAACGUCAAAGAAUCCGAAAGAACUUGGAAACCCCACCAAGUUAUAAAGCCUGUGCCUCGAGCUUUGACAAAAGCAUCGUCCAUGGUGCAUGGGAAAUCGAUGAGCAGUUCGAAAGUUGGUGUUAGUGAAGGAGUUUCAGCAGGGUGUGAGAAUUGGUGGGAAACUCUGUUAGAUGAUAAGGAAGACAACAUUACGGUUAACAACAGCACGUGCUUCCCUGUUGGGAAAGAUGGAUCAUUUGAGCUUUGGAAUGAAGAACUUGACUCCAUUGCUUCUGAAUUUUUUGCAGAAGCUGAAACAUGGAGCGACUUUUUUCUUAAUUAAGCUACCGCAUUCGCCAUCUUUCCUCUCUUUCUUUCCAUAGGAAGGGAUUUCAAUUUGUAAUAAGUUCAAGUUUAGGAUUUUAUUUACUUUAGAAAGUAAGUUCUUGCCGGGUUAAGAAAAU